GAGACAGAGAGAGAGAGACAGAGAGAGAGAGAGAGAGAGAGAGAGAGAGAGAGAGAGAGACAGAGAGACAGAGGAGAUGGAGGGGGAAAACAGCAGAUGAGGGUCACUGGGGUUUUCCACCGUGUAGGAUCAGAGAAGACAUGAGAAGUAGGUAAGACAGAGAACAGGGGAAACACAGUAGUCACAGAGAGAGAGAGAGAUUAUACGGCAGGAAGAGAGUGGCGACAGAAGAUCACGAGCACUGAAUGAGUGCAGAAGAAGAAGUGAAGCAGAGAUUUCACUGAUCGGCGACAACAUAAACAUCAGAGGUCUGGAGCAGGCUUCGAGUGUGUAGGCACACAUUCGACUUUUCACACACAGGAGGUGGGCCAGUCAAAUGGGCUGCAAAUGAUUGAGAUGAACUGCCCAACUGAGGACAAGUACCUAAAAGAUGGAAGAUGCUGUGAUCGCUGUCCUGCAGGGACGUAUAUGCAGGCUGGUUGUGACGGCACAAAGAGGACUAAGUGUGAUAAAUGUCGACAUGGGUAUUACAUGGCCACUAAAAAUCACAUGAAGGAUUGUCAACGCUGCAAAGAGUGCAGUUCCAACAACAACCAGAGGAAUUCCAAAGACUGUUCAGCUGCAGAGGACACGGAGUGCGAGUGUGAGACUGGUUUCUACUGUAGUAAUGACAAGUGUGAGCACUGCCAGCCAGUGACCCAGUGUCCUGUGGGUGAAGGAGUGCGGGUUUCAGCCAAUCACACCAAUGAUACCAUCUGUGCUCCUUGUGAGGAGGGGACCUACAGCAACGUAACAGAUUUCAUCUCACACUGUAAAACACACACCAGAUGUCGGGAAUUAGGCAGAGAGCUGAUAUUUCAGGGAACCCAAACAACCAAUUCCGUCUGCAGUGACGUUUUACCUCGUUGUUCCUGGAUGCUGCCCGCAGGCCUGUGGUCAGGACUCUUGUUGACGGCACUUGUCCUGCUCGCUGUUGUCGUCUGCUGGAGGGCAAAGCGCAAAUCGCUCAGAGCAGUCAGGUCAAGUGAUCCCGUUACGGUGGAGGUGGUUCCCACAGUACUGGUGACGUCGCUGGAUCUGUCUUUACCGUCCACAGAGCAGAACGGCCACUGCCAAGAGAGCUGUGUCGCGGAGGAGUGCAAGUUACCACUUUACAGGACAGAUGAAACCCUGGUCAGCUGCGAUGUGGAAAGCAGCCUCCCCAUAACCCUGCUGAAGGUCUCGGCUUCAUUUGUUGAAUCCAGUCCCAACCCUGGAGCUGCAGGAUAUCGCACCAGCAACUUCCACAGGACCCACUCAGAGCCCCAGGAGGACGAGUGGUGUGGCACAUAACGGAGUAAAAGUUCUCGUAACAGCACGGAGGGAGUUUAGAGUCACUCUCUGGCUCGGAGAUGCUGUAACUUAAAAAAAAAAAAAAAAAAACUUAAACCGUAACUAUUUAUACCAACAAGAAACAAAGAGUAUAGGCUUUUACUUUGUGGAGAUAAGGGUCGCUGAUUGUUUAUCGCCCCCUGCAGGACUUUCUUGAGAACUCCAAUUCUUGUGACGUGACAUUUUUUACAGUGAAGCUAUGAGCUAAAAAUCCUGACAUCAAGUAACUGACAGAUUUAUCACAUGUGCAGAUUUAACUUAAGCUAAAAGCAAACACUGGUGCAGCUCUUUACUUUAACUGGAGCUUCACACUGAAAGAGGUUUUAAGCUACAGCUCAGUGUGGUCUCUAUUAAGGGAUAUGUCUUGUUAUUGUUUAAUAUUUUUCUUAUCAACAAACCACCAAAACCGAACAAAAACUAAUCCUACAAAAAUUUUCGCUGUAGUCAAAUUAUAUAUGGUAUUCCUCAUUACCGCAAUAUUUUAGCUUAAUUUCUGGGCAGUGGGAGGAAGUGGAGACCCGGCGUCCAUCGAUGAAGUCUAUGCAUCUCACAAGCAUGAUAACAAAAAUUCUAAAAUCAUUUAUCUGUUGUUGGGUUUAGACUUUUCAUGGAACUUAUCGACAGUAAAAUAUAAAAUUUUACAUUUCUGCAUUAUCCUUUCAUGUAAAGUAUGUUUUUGUAAUGUUGCUUUAAUCUAAUUUAACUUAUUUUGUUGCAAAUUCUGAUGAUUUGGCCAAAAUUGUUUACAUUUUAACUGUUGGAAGCCAAAAAAAUAAAACUCUCCUUCCUUCUUUUUAA